AUGCCAGCGGAACAAACAAAUAUUAAGGUUGUGGUUCGUGUACGGCCAUACAAUAAACGUGAGCAGGAGCAGAAUCAAAGAUGCAUUAUCAAAGUGAUGGAUAGUUCGGCCCUUCUGUUUGAUCCUGACGAAGAGGACGACGAAUUCUUCUUCCAAGGCUCCAAACAGCAGUACCGUGACAUUUCCAAACGUAUGAACAAAAAGUUAUCUAUGGACUUUGAUCGUGUUUUCGAUACGGAAAAUUCCAACCAAGAUAUAUUCACAGAAUGCACAGCCCCACUGGUAGAUUCGGCACUCAACGGGUACAACUGUUCGGUGUUUGUUUAUGGCGCCACAGGUGCAGGUAAAACGUUUACAAUGCUGGGAAGCGACAGUUGUCCCGGCCUUACAUUUCUCACAAUGCGGGAUCUGUUUGAGAAGAUUGAGGCCCAACAAGAUGUGCGUAAAUUUGAAGUGGGCGUCAGUUAUUUGGAGGUUUACAAUGAGCACGUUAUGAAUCUGUUAACAAAAACAGGUCCCCUCAAGUUGCGCGAGGACUCUAAUGGUGUGGUUGUCAGUGGACUGGUGCUGACUCCUAUUCACAGUGCCGAAGAAUUGCUACGAUUGCUAGAGCUCGGUAAUGCGAAUCGGACCCAGCAUCCUACUGACGCAAAUGCGGAAAGCUCACGUUCCCAUGCCAUCUUUCAAGUUCACAUACGCAUGACGGAUCGAAAAACAGGCACGAAACGCACCGUAAAGCUAUCCAUGAUUGAUCUGGCGGGCAGUGAGCGUGCUGCGAGCACCAAGGGGAUUGGCAUGCGGUUUAAGGAAGGCGCCAGCAUCAAUAAAAGUCUGUUGGCUUUGGGAAACUGCAUAAAUAAGUUGGCCGAUGGAUUGAAACACAUACCGUAUCGUGAUUCCAAUUUGACGCGCAUUCUCAAGGACUCGUUAGGCGGAAAUUGCCGCACAUUAAUGGUCGCAAAUGUAUCCAUGAGUUCACUCACAUACGAGGACACAUACAACACACUCAAAUAUGCGAGUCGAGCCAAGAAAAUACGCACAACUCUGCGUCAAAAUGUGUUGAAAACGAAUAUGCCGAAGGAGUUCUAUGUGAAGAAAGUUACAGAGGUGAUGACGGAGAACGAGCGACUUGUUGAGCGCAACAAACAAAUGGAGGCCAAGCUGUUGAAAUUUGAACGCGAUACCGCUUCCCACAAUAAUAUCGUGAGUUACGAUGCCCAGGCAUUGAAGCCAUGGUAUAGCAAGAUUGAUGCAGUCUAUGCGUCGGUGAUUAAGACACAGGAAUAUGCUAUUGGCAUACGCAGCAGAAUUAAGAAUCUCAGCUAUAGGCAAACAAUGAAAAAGGAUUUGGAGGAGUAUCGCAAGUUACUCUCCCUAGACCAGCGAUUGUUUCAGGAGGACUAUGUGCGCUUUCAAAGUUACAUAGCAAAGUUGACGACUCAAUACGAGCAGCAUAUAGAAGAAUUGCCGCGUUGGCGAACUAAACUACAGGAUGCAUAUAAAGAUGUGGAGAAGCUAAAGCGUGAGGUCAGGGGCUCAAAGCAUCGUGAAAUCUUAAGUAUUUAUUUGCGCAGCAAAGAUCUAGAGGUUCAGUUGUCCAAGCAAAACAUAAAUAGCAAUCAUUUGAGCGCGAUCAAUAUGGAAUUGAACGAAAAUUCGAAUCAGCUUCGUAAAUCCUAUCGAACAGCCUGUGAGGUACUGCAUCAGACAUAUGACAGUCUGCAGGAGACGCAAAAAUUGACGCCAGAAAUCCAAAUGCUAUACGAGCGACUGCUACGUAAAGUGCGCUUCACAGAAAAUGAACCAUCUUCCACAUCCACACAGGAUGGUGAUGUCCUGCUAGCGAGCAAGGAAGAAGACGAGGAAAGAGUUGCAGCUGGCGCUAACUUAAGUGGCAUUGCCAAGAAACGCACGCGUUUAAGGUGUAGUACAAGCGGUGACCAUUUAGAUCUAGAGCUGGACACGGAAAGCUACGAGGACACGGACUCUGAUGGUGGUGGUGGUUGCACCGUAGAAGAGGAACAACCAUUUAAAAAGCCCCGCAAUUUAAACGAAACCCGUGUCAUUAACACCGCGACACCUAGUACAGCACCCAAAUCGACAACAAUUACAAAGUCUCGUAAUAUUAGUCAUCGCCUUGUCGCCGACAUUCUCUCCGAACAGAAUGUAAGCGGAGUAAAGGACAAGGAAAAGAUAAAACAAGCGCUAUUAAAAUCCAACAACUUUUCCGCAAACAGUCUUCAACGCACCGUGGCGGCAGCGGCCCUACAGAAGGAAAACCUGAAACACAAUUCCAACUAUGUGCGCAAGAGUCCGCGAGCACUGAUAGCCAAAACACUGUCUGGCACUUCGGCGCUAACACGAAAAGUGACGCCCUCCCGUUUGGCCGGCACAAUCGGGUCAGGGGCCAUGAAGGAGGCGCCGCUGGUGCGGAUUAAUCGGGCGGCUUCAUUUCGCGUCAAGAAAUAAAAAUUGAAGUGCGCGCUAUUUAUUGAUAUAUACAUAUAAUCUGAAGCGUUUGUUUUGGUUUUGAUUUUGUGUUACGCAUUUGGGGGAACUGAAGAGUUUAAGUUAACCUCUUUACACAAAACAAGUUACGAAACACACAAAAUUGCAAUUAUUUGUAUUUAAUUUAAUUGAUUGAGAAAUAUAUUUUUUGUAAGUU